AUGUCAUCCAAUUUUCCAACUUGGUUUACUGAAACAAUGUUAUUACAUAGGAAUUCAUUUAUAUCUGAACAAUCAAAUGAAGAUUUAGCUGCUGAACGUUUAAAAUAUUUACUUGGUAUUCAAUAUUAUGCUGGUUUAUUAACACCACCAUCAACAAAAUCUGAUAAUAUGAAAGAAGAAUCUGAAGGUGAAGAAGAUGAAGAAGAAAAUGAAACAAUUAUUGAAUCAACAAAUAUUUUUUAUAAAUGUCAUGAAUGUGAAAAAGAUUUUUCAACAUCACAUGGUCUUGAAGUACAUGUACGACGUACACAUUCGUCAGAAUUACGACCAUAUUCAUGUGAUCUUUGUACGAAAACAUUUAGUCAUGCUUUAUCUCUAGUACAACACCGUACAACACAUACACAAGAACGAUGUUUUCAAUGUAAAACAUGUGGAAAAUCUUUUAAACGUUCAUCAACAUUAUCAACACAUUUAUUAAUACAUUCGGAUACUCGACCAUAUUCAUGUCUACAUUGUGGAAAACGUUUUCAUCAAAAAUCUGAUAUGAAAAAACAUACAUAUAUUCAUACAGGAGAAAAACCACAUAAAUGUAUUGUUUGUGGGAAAGCUUUUUCACAAUCAUCAAAUUUAAUUACACAUAGUCGAAAACAUACAGGUUUUAAACCAUUUCAAUGUCAUAAAUGUUUGCGUGCAUUUCAACGUAAAGUUGAUUUACGUCGUCAUAUUGAUACACAACAUGGUAUUGAACAUAAUCAUGAUGAUUUACUAUUAAAAACAAACACAAUCGAACAACAAACAAACAAUAAUACAAAUCAAAAUCAUAAUUCAAAAAAACCGAAUACAGGAAAAUAUGGACCGAUUGGAUCAUUAAUUCAAGAACUUGCUGCUCGCCAUUAA